UCAGUGACGGUGGCCGGCCGCGCGGCUACGCCUAUGUAGACUUCCUGACACGGGAGUCGCUCCUGGAGGCCCUCACCUACCACGACAAAGAAUACAUGGGCCGUAACAUCCGUGUCGACCUGGCCUCAGAUAAGAAUCAAGAGGGUGGUCGCGGUAACCGUAGCAAUGAGCCGGACCGCACUGAGGGAGACUGGAGAAGGCGAGACCCGCCUAGCAUGGACAAUGGCAGCAGCUUCGGAUCGAGAGAUUCUGACAGAGGUGGUCGCUAUGGUGAUCGCGAUAGAGGUGGUUUCUCUGACAGAAGCUAUGGCGACAGGGACCGGGGCUUCGGCGAUCGAGAUAGGGGCUUCGGCGGUGACCGGGACAGGGGAGGCGGUUUUGGAGAUAGAGAUCGCGGGUUUGACAGAGACAGAGGAUUUGGUGGUGACAGAGAUCGUGGUUCCUUUGGCGAUCGGGACAGAGGGUAUGGCGGAGAUCGUGAUCGUGGUUUUGGUGAUCGGGACCGUGGUUUUGGUGGUGACCGGGAUCGUGGUUUUGGUGGAGACAGAGACCGUGGCUUUGACCGAGAUAGAGGCUUCGGUGGCGACAGGGACAGAGGCUUUGGUGGCGACAGAGAUAGAGGCUACGGUGGAGACAGAGAUAGAGGCUACGGUGAUCGCGAUCGCUAUAGCAACGAUAGGGGUUAUGAUGGUCGUGACAGAGGUGGCUACGGCGACAGUCGAGGGGGAGACCGAUCGAGAGGUUACGGCUUCAAUCGGGACCGUGAAGACGGGGGCCGAUUUGGUGGUUCUGGUGGAGGUUUUGAUGACAGAUACGGAGGUGGAAGACGCGACGAUUACAACAGAGGACGUCGGGAUGAUGGAUUUGAUCGCAGACCUGCAAGCCGGGAUGGCAGCCAAGAGCGCAGGGAUGCACCGACAGAGCGGCCACGGCUAAAGCUUCAGCCUCGCUCCAAACCUGUG